AUGAGAACAUGCCAAUUUCUGCUCGAUAUAGGCGCCGACAUGGAUUUGCAAGAUGAGAAAGGAUGCACUCCAUUGGAUACUCUGAUAGGCGACACAUUGAUCUCUUUGUCUAUGAGAGAACAUGGACCACGUAUGCCAAAUUCAUCUGACUUCGAGCACAUAACCAAACUGUUCGGGAGGUCCAGUUUCGAUAUUGUUGCGGAUUACAUAAAAGUUUCAAACUUUGCAACCAUCCACAAAGUCCUUCUAGGCAUUCAAGAAGAUUACGAAACCUUGCUCGACUACCUCGAACACCCCAAGUCAUCCUCGCCUUCGAUAAGUACCAUCGAUAUCCAAGAUUCAACAGGCAGAUCGGCUCUUGCAUGGGCCGUCGAGUAUGGAUGGGUCGUUGCAACAAAAGCCUUGCUACAACACGGAGCAAAUCCUAAUCAAUUGGUGCAAAGCUCCAACACUGCGUCCCCUCUGUUGCACUUGGCCAUAGCAAUGCCUGUGUCGUCAAACACAGACAAUGGAAGCUUAGGCGUUGUCAAAGAGUUGCUUAAAGCUGGUGCCGAUAUCAACGCUGUGGACCACGAGAAUUGGACACCUCUUCACGUCGCAGCAUCAUGGAACAACUAUGACAUCAUACAAGAACUAGUCACCUUUGGAGGUGAGAUAUUAGAAUGGGAUUUGGUAACAAACGACAACCAGUCCGCCAUGGAUCUCUCGCUCAACUCAGGGAUAAACCACCAGGUUCAAAGCAUCCUGAAGAAUCGUAAUCGCGUUAGUGAACAUAUCUAUGGUAGAGGCCACAGAGAUAAGGAUGAAGAUUUUGAAAGUAAAGAGGAGCAAUUUUUUGAUUCAGAAGAGACUUGGUGCUGUGUCUAG